AUGAUAAGAUAUCAGAAUUUAUCAUUGAAUCAAUUCGAAUAGGUGUAUAAACAAUGUGAUCAUCGACAAUGGAGUGCAAGUGCUCAUUUGAACUGCUAUUGGUGUUUGUUUUAGGUUAUGCAAAUAUUGAAAAUGUCAUCAGCCAGACAUCAUCUGAUAUUCCGAACAUUAUUCAAAACUGCUAUCGAAACAAUUUCACUAUCGCAGCCAAACCUCCGUUAACACUGCCGUUAUUGAUUGAAUUGAUUAGGAAAGUUGAAAUAAAUGAAAAAAGCAAUGUUGAUAUGAGAUUAUUGACUACAUCUAUGAUACACGGUGUAUUAUUCAACGGAGUGCGACGAACUGAAGAAUUCACAGAAGAUGAAAAUCCAAACUUCAUACCAUACGCAGCUACAGGAGAGGAGUUUUACACUUACAGGCUGCUCGCAGAUUUCGUGAUACCGGGAAGAAUCAGCCAAUUUCCAAGAGAUGCAUUGAGCUCAUCAGAGCUCUGCUUUCUACAUUCAAUACUAUCCAGUACUGUGGAUCCUUUGGAGGGAGGUAAAGGCAGUACAACUUGUAACGAUCGAGCAAGUAUGCCACUUGAACUUGGAGCAACGAGUUCUGAAAACGAAUGUCCUCUUCGAAGAGGCGUAGUGAGCACAAAAUGGGGUUCGAUUUCGAGUACCAACCUAAUAACAGGUAUAGCGGCAGGGUUGCAAGAUAAUCAAGUAACAUUCGAACGCCUCGUUGAAGGCAUUGAAGAAAACGGUGAAGAAUCUAUCAACACUUCUAUAACAUACACAAAUAAUGUCAACACUGUGUUCUUGGCCACACUGGCAGGAGGUUUAGCUAGGAGUAUCCUGAACCAAACAACCGAAACCCCGGUAAUUGGAAACGAAGGGUUCUGGAAUGAUACUCUGUUACCCAGAGCGUACUAUUUGAAGUCCAACACGUGGGAUAUGAUAGAGGCUGAUAUACUGGCAGGAAUCGAUGGUGCUAUUCUGGGGAACCACGUCAGAGAAUGGUUGAACGUACUCGAGAGUACAAGAUUAUCCCAAAUACUUGAUAUGUAUUAUUCCAAUCGAGGAAUUCCAUUCGAAUUUGGAUAUAAACCCAACAAUCGCAGCAUGUCGUUCAAAUCAAUAUUGAGUGGAUUGAACUUGGAAGAACAGAUAAUCGGCUCAACCAAAUUACUGAAAGCCAUUGGACGUUACGAAGUUAGCAUCACAGACGAGGGAAUUAUAGAAUAUGCCAAAAAGGCCUCUGGGCACUUUAAAUCUGUAGCAGAAACAAUAGCCAGUAAAUAUGACAAAAUAGAAUAUCUGACAAGCAAACAAAUGGUGGCACCCAUCGAAUUAAUUCUUAUUCUAGACGGCACCUUCGACUAUUACAAAACACUGCAAAUGAUUAGCACCCUCUCGGAGGCCAUCCAGGUAUCCCAUUACGGCAGCAAGUUGGGAAUUAUAAAUGGACAAUCCGGAAAUUGGAUAGUGAACGUUACCGGGGAGUUGUUCCAGAUUUUCACUGACUUGAACGACCCUCAAGAUAAAUGGCCAGUUAACCUAUCUCUAGACAGGAGUCUCCAAACAGCAAUAUCCCACUACCAGAACAAAACAUAUGUAGACUGUUCGCCAAUGAAAUUGAAGCCCAUGGGACAAGCAAUCCUAGUGUUCAGCGCAGAUGGUAGACUCACAGACAACGAUGUCACCAGAUCGAAGCUAUCUGUCAACACUCUCAAAACUAUCUCUCCAGGAACAAGGAUACUAUACAUAACGCCAAGAGAGCAGAAUUCUCUUCAGCAAUUUAUUGUAGACGAUAAUGACUCGGUUCUGAGAUUUUCCAGCGACAUAGUCUCCCUAGCCCAACAAAUUUCAAAUGAGUUGAGCGGGAUCCCAGCGAACAUAAUCAGGUUUUAUUGCAACCACAGUGAUAUUGUUUUCGAAGAUUACAUUACUCCAGACAUAGUGGUUUUGUAUGAAAUACACAAAGAGUACAUUAAGAGAGGAUUUGUUGACACCAAGUUUAUAAAUAGCAAUUAUGGCGAACUGGUUGUCUGUGCUUUCAAAAGUAACACAACGAACGACAGAGUAUGCAAAGAGAUAACUGUAAAUGGUGAGAUCAGUUUUAAUUCUAAGGAUUUCUGUACACCGGAUUUGCCGUGCGACCUGCUAUUCGCAGUCAAGGGAAAUUCAAGCCGAAUGAGUUGUGCAGAAAAUGAUUGCAGAUAUCCCGACCAAAUACGGAUCAACAUCAAAUAUAAGUAUACAGCAACCGGAACUACAGCGCUUUCUAGUAUAAUACUAAUUACUUUAACUAAUUUAUUGUCAGUCGUUUGGUAACGAAUUUUAUACUCGUAUUAUUAGUUUGUAUAUUCGUUCCAUAAUUAAGAAUACGAAUAUAACAUAUAAAAAGAA